CGCGGCAUGGAGGACCCCGCGGGCACCGUCACCCUGAACGUGGGAGGGCUCCGCUACCGGACCCGCCGCGGCACGCUGGCCGCCUUCCCGGGCACCAAGCUGGGCGGCCUGGCGGAGCCGCGGGCCGCGGCCGGGCCCGACUUCGACGCCGCGGCCGGGGAGUUCUUCUUCGACCGGGGCGGCCGCCUCUUCGAGCACGUGCUGCACCUCUGCCGGAGCGGGCACCUGCCCUGCCCCGCGGCCGUGUGCCGCGCCGCGCUGCGGGAGGAGCUGGCCUUCUGGGGGCUGGCGGAGGCCCGGCUGCCGCCCUGCUGCCGGGACAGGCUGUGCACGGCCGAGGGCCCCGGCGAGGCGUGCGACCCGGCGGCGGGCGCCGGCGAGCGAGAGGAGCGGCGGGGCCUGCUGGAGCCGGAGGCCGCGCGGCCGGCGGGGCGGUGGGCGCGGUGGGCGCUCCCCGCCUGGACGCUGCUGGAGAAGCCCUGCUCCUCCCGAGGGGCCCUGGGCUUGACAGCCAUUUCACUGCUGUUCAAUGUUGCCCUUGUCAUCCUCCUUUGGGUCAGAGGAAGCCAGUAUGAGGACUCCGUAGGAGACAGCAACAUCACCCACCCCCACUUGCACCACGUUUCAGCGGGGUCGGCGUGUCCACAGAUACCUGCUCUCCUCCACCUGGAGCUUUUCUUCGUUCUCUGCUUCAUGGGUGAAUUUGUCGUACGACUCGUGUCCUGCCCAGACAAAAAGAAAUUCUUUCGAAAGCCCCUGAACAUGGUUGAUUUCCUCGCCCUUCUCCCAGUUUGCCUCGAUCUCUUCUUCAGUAGACGUGGGCGCCAGCCUGAAGCGCUGCCGUGUUGGCUGAACUUGUUCCGCGUGGUGUACAUCGUCAAACUCUUAAAGGUCUUCAAGCUCAUGGAGGCCCCCCUGAUGCUGAGAGUCUUCCCCUACAUGUUCAAGUCCAUCUUGAAGGAGAUUGCCAUCCUGAUGUGGGUUUUUGUUUUUGAAAUCCUUUUCUUUGGCACUCUUUUGUACUAUGCUGAAUUCUCAGAAAAUGACUCAUUCUUUGAUGAUAUUUUCUCAUCCUUCUGGUGGGCAGUGAUCACCUUGACCACCAUAGGCUAUGGAGACAUGUAUCCCAUCCAUACAGCUGGCAAAGUGAUCGGAGCCUGCGCAGCACUAUGUGGUGUAUUAACCAUCAUCAUCCCAAUCCCCAUCUUAUUUAUCAAGUUCAAGGGCUAUUACGGGGCGAUCGUGAUCAAAGAGAAGGAGAAGAGGGAGAAGAGAGAAGCAUCAACUUUGCCACCUUGAGAAGUGAAUGCAAGAGGAAACAGAACUCACGACAUCACACAUUUGUUUGAUUAUGCAAAUUAUGCCUUCCCCUUUGGUUCAUAUUUUUAAUUGAGUAACAAUUGAUCUCCAUGCAAGAUUCCUUUCUAACAGUGUUUCAUUCUCACGGAAGUUCUUAUGCACCAAACCAUCCUUACUCACUAUGAAAUUUGCUAGUCAGUGGG